AAGCCCGCGCCGCCGCCGCCGCUAAGCUCCCGCGGGAGCGUCCAGGACCCGCUGCGCCAGGCGCGCCGUCCCUGGACCCGGCGUGCGUUCCCACGAGGGCAGUGACCCCGCCGCUCCACCCGCCUCUCCGCCCCGCUUCCUGCCUCCUUCGCCACCCCCGACGAGGGCCCAGGAGACAGCCGAGCCUGCCCUCGCCCCCGGCCCGCCGCCCUCCCGCCGCUCUGCGCGCCAUGGACGCCCAGGAGCCGCAGCCCGACCCCGACGGCGGGGGCGCCCCGGGCCACGAGCCUGGAGGCAGCCCCCAAGACGAGUUCGACUUCUCCAUCCUCUUCGAUUAUGACUAUUUGAAUCCUAUCGAAGAAGAACCGAAUGCACAUAAGGUCGCCAGCCCACCCUCCGGACUCGCAUACCCCGAUGAUGUCCUGGACUAUGGCCUCAAGCCAUACAGCCCCCUAGCCAGUCUCUCUGGCGAGCCCCCCCACCGGUUGGGAGAGCCGGAUAGGGUAGGGCCCCAGAACUUUCUGUGCCCUGCCAAGCCAGCGGGGGCCUCGGGCCUGAGCCCUCGGAUCGAGAUCACUCCAUCCCACGAACUGAUGCAGGCAGGGGGGCCCUUCCGCAUGAGAGACACUGGCCUCAUGGUCGAGCAGCCGCCCCUGCCGGGGGUGGCUGCCAGCCCGAGGUUCACGCUGCCCGUGCCUGGCUUCGAGGGCUACCGCGAGCCGCUUUGCUUGAGCCCCGCUAGCAGCGGCUCCUCUGCCAGCUUCAUUUCCGACACCUUCUCCCCCUACACCUCGCCCUGCGUCUCGCCCAAUAACGGCGGGCCCGACGACCUGUGUCCCCAGUUUCAAAACAUCCCUGCUCAUUAUUCCCCCAGAACCUCGCCAAUAAUGUCACCUCGAACCGGCCUCGCUGAGGACAGCUGCCUGGGCCGCCACUCGCCCGUGCCCCGUCCGGCCUCCCGCUCCUCGUCGCCUGGUACCAAGCGGAGGCAUUCGUGUGCGGGGGCCUUGGUUGCCCCACUGCCCGGAGCCUCACCCCAGCGCUCGCGGAGCCCCUCGCCGCAGCCCCGGGACGACGGCGCCCCUGCCGGGUACCCCCCCGCGGCUGGCUCUGCCGUCCUCAUGGAUGCCCUGAACAGCCUCGCUGCCGACUCGCCCUGUGGGAUACCCCCCAAGAUGUGGAAGACCAGCCCCAGCCCGUCGCCGGUGUCCAGCGCCCCAUCCAAGGCUGGCCUGCCCCGCCACAUCUACCCAGCCGUGGAGUUCCUGGGGCCCUGCGAGCAGGAGGAGAGGAGGAACUCAGCCCCCGAGUCCAUCUUGCUGGUGCCACCAACUUGGCCCAAGCAGCUGGUGCCCGCCAUUCCCAUCUGCAGCAUCCCAGUGACUGCAUCCCUCCCACCACUUGAGUGGCCCCUCUCCCACCAGUCAGGCUCCUACGAGCUGAGGAUCGAGGUGCAGCCCAAGCCACAUCACCGAGCUCACUACGAGACAGAAGGCAGCCGAGGGGCUGUCAAAGCUCCGACUGGCGGCCACCCUGUGGUUCAGCUCCAUGGCUACAUGGAAAACAAGCCGCUGGGGCUUCAGAUCUUCAUUGGGACGGCCGACGAGCGGAUCCUUAAGCCCCAUGCCUUCUACCAGGUACACCGGAUCACGGGGAAAACCGUCACCACCACCAGCUACGAGAAGAUCGUGGGCAACACCAAAGUCCUGGAGAUUCCGCUGGAGCCAAAAAACAACAUGAGGGCAACCAUUGACUGUGCGGGGAUCCUGAAGCUUCGGAAUGCGGACAUUGAGCUGCGGAAAGGCGAGACGGACAUCGGGAGGAAGAACACGCGGGUGAGGCUGGUGUUCCGGGUGCACAUUCCAGAGUCCAGCGGAAGGAUCGUCUCCUUGCAGACAGCAUCUAACCCCAUCGAGUGCUCCCAGCGAUCCGCCCAUGAGCUGCCCAUGGUGGAAAGACAAGACAUCGACAGCUGCAUGGUCUACGGGGGCCAGCAGAUGAUUCUCACGGGACAGAACUUCACGGCCGAGUCCAAAGUCGUGUUUACCGAGAAGACCACAGAUGGGCAGCAGAUUUGGGAGAUGGAGGCCACGGUGGAUAAAGACAAGAGCCAGCCUAACAUGCUUUUCGUCGAGAUCCCUGAGUAUCGGAACAAGCACAUCCGGACAUCAGUGAAGGUGAACUUCUGCGUCAUUAAUGGGAAAAGAAAACGAAGUCAGCCUCAGCACUUUACCUACCAUCCAGUCCCAGCCAUCAAGACGGAGCCCACUGAUGAAUACGACCCCACCUUGAUCUGCAGCCCUGCCCACGGGGGCCUGGGGAGCCAGCCUUACUACCCACAGCACCCAAUGGUGGCCGAGUCCCCCUCCUGCCUCGUGGCCACCAUGGCUCCCUGCCAGCAGUUCCGCUCGGGGCUCUCAUCCCCCGACGCUCGCUACCAGCAGCAGAACCCAGCGGCCGUCCUCUACCAGCGGAGCAAGAGCCUGAGCCCCAGCCUGCUGGGCUACCAGCAGCCGGCCCUCAUGGCCGCCCCCCUGUCCCUCGCGGAUGCCCACCGCUCCGUGCUAGUGCACGCUGGCUCCCAGGGCCAGAGCUCGGCCCUGCUCCACUCCAGUCCAGCCAACCAGCAGGCCUCACCGGUGAUCCACUACUCGCCCACCAACCAGCAGCUGCGCUGCGGAAGCCACCAGGAGUUCCAGCACAUCGUGUACUGCGAGAACUUCGCGCCCGGCCCCACCAGGCCCGGCCCACCCCCUGUCAGUCAAGGUCAGAGGCUGAGCCCGGGCUCCUACCCGACGGUCAUUCAGCAGCAGAAUGCCACAAGCCAAAGAGCCGCCAAAAACGGACCUCCGGUCAGUGACCAAAAGGAAGUAUUACCCGCGGGCGUGACAAUUAAACAGGAGCAGAACCUGGACCAGACCUACUUGGAUGACGUUAAUGAAAUUAUCAGGAAGGAGUUUUCAGGACCUCCUGCCCGAAAUCAGACAUAGAAGAAAGCCAUUAGCAAGACACCAUC